GCUCAAUUUUUUUGUGAAACAAUGCAGGCAAACACAGUUUAUGGAGCUUUACAUGGGCUUCAGACAUUCAGCCAGUUAUGCCAUUUUAACUAUAAAAGUAGACUGAUUGAAGUUCAUAUGUCACCUUGGACUAUUACUGAUCAGCCAAGAUUCUCUUAUCGAGGCCUCUUAAUUGAUACAUCCCGUCACUAUCUUCCUUUGCCUGUCAUUAAGAAUGUUAUUGAUUCCAUGACCUAUGCAAAGCUGAAUGUAUUGCAUUGGCACAUUGUAGAUACCCAAUCUUUCCCAUUGGAGAUACCUUCAUAUCCAAAGUUGUGGAAUGGUGCUUAUUCAGCCUCAGAACGAUAUACAAUAGCUGAUGCUGCUGAAAUUGUGAGUUAUGCCCAAAAACGAGGGAUUAAUGUAAUGGCUGAAUUGGAUGUCCCUGGGCAUGCACUCUCCUGGUAGUACUAAUUUUUCUAGUCAUAAAGCAGUGUUAAAUUUUGUUGUUGGUGCAUAGACUUCCUAUAUAGUAGAUGGAAAUGUUCAAUUCUGGAGAAAAUAUUACUUUUGUUCAUGGUCGUUGUUCCUUGGUAUUUUUCACUUGCACAGUUGUACUCCUCAAGAUGAUCUGUCCAUCAGUGGUAAUAGUAACUAAAAUUAGAGAUUUUUUCCCAUCAUUCAAUAGAUUGUGAACUUGUUUUUCUUAUUCUUUAGGGGGGUCGGCUAUCCUGCUUUAUGGCCAUCAAAUGACUGUCAGCAGCCACUUGAUGUCAGUAAUGAAUUCACUUUUCAAGU